AUGGAGGGGGAGGAUAAUUUUGUGGCUCUGGUUCACUGCUCUGGAAAAAUUCAAAAGAGCAAAAGGCAUGGUGUAAAAUUCACAGAUAGAGAACCGCUUAGUGUUUUUAUCCGAUCUUCGAAUACGUUGGCGGAGAUUAAGCAAAGCAUAUUACGGAAGCUCGGUGUGUGUGGGACGAAGUGGGUAAAAAAAUUAUUUUACAAGAUUCUCAUUGAUGUUGUCUCAACUGGUGUGAGAUAUGAGACCUUCGUGAUCGGGUCGGAUGAAGACUUGCAGGUCUUGUUUCACUGCAGGCGUAGUUUUCCGGAGGUGAGGGUAACUGAGCUGUUUGCGAAGUUGGAAGAUAGUGUGGAUAGCUCAGGGGCAUCGGCCCCUAAUCCUCAGUCGACCCCAGCCGGUGGUACCUCAACAUCGAUGCCUGUGGUAGCAGUGGCAGUUCCGAACUCGGAGCCCGAACGUGCUGGGGCUGUUCAUGCAUAUGUUGGUCCUGUUGUUCCUGAUUUUGAAUGCGAUGCCGGACCGGAUCGGGUUGAGAAUGCACUGUUUGACGAUGAUUUGGAUGAGGAGCCUGUCGAUAUUGGUGGGGACAGUGAUGAUGAUAUUCCAAGAGGCGGACGUUCAGCCCAUGGAUGUUCCGGUUCUGCAACACAGGAGUACCCUCCCCACCUCUCUUCUUUGAACUUGGAAGCCAUCGGCCAACAGCAGAAUGCUGAUGCAACAUUCGAUGGGCAGGGGAUGCAUGAUGGGACAUCUAUGUCUGAAUUUCAGAUUGGCCAAUCCUUCCAGAGUAAAGAGGAAGCCGUGUUGAGUGUAAAAGAUUACAGUAUUCGGCGUGGAGUUGAGUACAAGGUUAUGGAGUCCGACAACCUGAAAUACCAAGGGAGAUGCAAGGAGUUUGGUAACGGGUGCACGUGGUUGAUUCGGAUAGUCAUGCGGAAAAGGAAGGGCACAUGGGAGGUUAGGAGGUACAACGGUCCGCACACGUGUAUGGCCACAUCGAUAUCAAGCGACCACAAGCAGCUUGAUUAUCAUGUUAUCUGUGCGAGAAUCUAUCCAUUGGUUCGAGGUGAUGCGUCGGUGUCUAUUAAGGUGUUGCAAGAGGCAACAGAGGCGACUUAUGGAUUCAGGCCUAGUUAUCGGAAGUGGAUCCUUGGGGUCACAUGCACGAUGCAAGGUUCGAUUGCUCUACUGAAGACGUCCCCGGUUAGGGUGGGUGACCAAGUUGACGAAGAUAGAGUCUUCUUUCAUCGGAUGUUCUGGAUGUUUCCUCCGUGUAUUGAGGCUUUCCGCCACUGUAAGCCGCUGGUAAGCAUCGACGGCACACACCUGUAUGGCAAAUAUGGCGGGACGUUGUUGUUGGCGAUCGCACAGGAUGGUAACUCGAAUAUUUUGCCUGUUGCGUUUGCACUCGUGGAGGGAGAGAACGCAGAGUCUUGGUCGUACUUUCUUUCGAACCUUAGAAGGCAUGUCACUCCACAGCAAGGUAUUCUCGUGAUCUCUGACAGACACAACGGCAUCAAGGCUGCAUUAGAGAGCCCCGAUAGUGGUUGGCAACCCCCAUGCUUAUCGGGCAUUUUGUAUUCGGCAUGUUGCUGCAAAUUUUGUCCUCACUUUCAAGGGGCAGGAUGCGCGGAGGUGGUUGGUAAAUGCCGCGUAUGCGAAGACGGAAGCAGAAUUUGA